AUGUAACAUAUUGGAAGCUUUGUUGUGGUGUGUGGAAACGUGUGCUGAAGGCGCGAACUCCUCACGGAGGAGCCCAUAUUGGACCCUGUAUCGGCGGUUAAUCGGCACCCUAACACUAAACCGUCGAGGGGGAAAAUGCUGCUUUGACGACUCGGCUCUUUACCACCGCCGCCAGUUGAGGGGGGAAUCAAACGUGCACCCCCGCCCCUUCUCUAUGUGGAAGUAGGAGAACGCCAAAGGCACGUUGCAGUGUUGCUCGGCGUCAACGCCCACUUUGAGGUGCUGCUGCUGCUGCUGCUGCUCAUUUUCCUUCUGGAAAGGCUCAUCGCACCAGGCAGGGAAGCGGCAGGGCGGCUAGGCAGGGGAGGGCGAGACCGGGACGAGGCGAGUGCCAUCAGCGACAUACAGCUUGUCAGACAAAUGAUGGUGCCUUGCUAAGGAGAAAAAAAAACAUCCAGGCCGGGUUUCUUCGCUCUAUCGCCAUCUAAGCCUGCUGUUUUUUUGUUUUGUUGGUUUUUUGAAGGGAUUUUACCCACCAUUUAAGCUACAACCACCCCGCCGGGAAUGGGAUUUGUAUGACUUGACUGAUUUAUCGGAGGUCCAACCUGCAGAGGAAAUCGAAGGUAGCUAUCGUCGCCGCCUGGUGCCUCGACGCUGCCGCAGAGAGCGACACCCCCACAACGGCUCGGAUCGUUAAAGCCCACCACUGCACCUGGACAACAUUGGAGCCGCCGUGUUGUCCAUAGCUAAAUAACGCAAACGUGCCACGGUGUGCUAUUUGCCUGUAUGAUGCCGACACAUUUGCGUUUCCGGAGAAGGUCAUACCUUGGGCUUUUAUUCCUUUUCUCACUUUCAACAUCGGCGCUCUAUUUCAUCUACUCCGCUCCUGGAAUCGUGAAUGAGUAUGUGUUCAUGGUCCAAGCCAGAGGGAUCCAGAUCAGAGAAAAUGUGAAGAACAUUGGAGCUCAGGUCCUGGAGCAGGUGGUGAGAGGUGCCUACAACAUCAAUGGCACAGAUUACUCCUAUGACUUCAACAUGAGCGAAAGUGAUGCUCCUCCCACUGCAUACCUUCCUGAGGACUUCACAUAUCUCCCCUCACAAGUUUGCCCUGAGAGGCUGCCCUCUAUGAAAGGUAGAUUGGAGGUGAAUAUGAGUGAAGUGUCGUUGGAGGAUGUGGAGAGAUCACUGAUGGAGCAAGAGUCUACUAUUGCCUCAGGAGGCUACUGGGAGCCCAAAGACUGUUUACCCCGUUGGAAGGUGGCAAUCUUAAUCCCGUUCAGGAACCGGCCCGAGCACUUGCCCAUCCUCUUGAGACAUCUGGUGCCAGUGCUACAGAAACAGAAGCUCCAGUUUGGCUUUUAUGUUAUUGAGCAGGCUGGCACGGAGCCAUUUAACAGAGCAAUGUUGUUCAACGUGGGUUACAAGGAGGCAAUGAAGGACCUGAAUUGGGACUGUCUUAUCUUCCAUGACGUUGACCACCUCAUGGAGAAUGACAGGAACUACUAUGGCUGCACGGACAUGCCCAGACACUUUGCGGUUAAGCUUGACAAGUAUUCCUACAUGCUUCCGUAUAAUGAGUUCUUUGGCGGUGUCAGUGGCAUGACGGUGGGACAGUUCAAAAAGAUUAAUGGAUUUCCUAAUGCAUUCUGGGGCUGGGGAGGAGAAGACGAUGACCUUUGGAGCAGGGUGCUGUAUGCCAAUUACACCGUAAGCAGACCACAUGGAGAGCAGGGGCGCUACAAGUCCAUUCAACACCACCAUCGUGGAGAGGUCCAGUUCCUGGGAAGGUAUAGUCUUCUCCGCCACUCAAAGGAGAGGCAAAGAGUGGAUGGUCUGAACAACUUAAACUACUCCCCCCUGGUGUCCAGGAGACCUCUCUACACCAACAUCACGGUCAGCUUGAGCAGAAACCUUGCACCUGUAGCCGACUACUGAUGUAGACACAGCUGGACUGAGAACCACCUGGGAAUCAAAAGUUCUCUGGACGUCAGCCAUAUCUCACCAGUUGCGCACUGCUGAAACGCGUUUUAGUUGAUUAUUGCUGUAUUUCUUUUGUGGGUAUGCAAAAAAAAAAAAAAAAAAAAAAAAAGUACGAAGACUCAAAAUGCUCCAAAAAUGUGUUGGAUAAAACAUAUAAGACGAUAGGGUUAAUGCUGCACUUGUUUGUGCCACAGUCCAUCACUCCACUCAUCUGGGCUUAUCUUGUCUUCAACGUCCACAUGCCUUUUUUCACCAUUUUGGCCUUCAGCAUCCAUUGAUUCAUUAAUUGGUCCGAAGAUAUGUCAUCCCUGCGAUUUCAUUUACAUAUGUUUCAUAAAACAGGCCGUGAAACUCACUCGCCACUUAUGUACGCACGCAGCAGUUCUGACUCGCGAGGUGAUGAUGAUGCCGUGGUCUUUUAGUUUUUAUUUUUUGCUUUUGCACAUCUUACUCAAAUGCAGUAGUCCGGUUAAAAAAAAUUGCAUGUACCCACUCACAUGCGCACACACCUUUUACCGCGUGGAAGCUUGCAGCUGGUUCUGCAAAAGGUAUGCCAAAAUUUACAAGUGAAGAGAACGAGAGAAAAUUCUAUGAAGAGUGAGUGUUUUCAAUCAUCUAUAUGUGAGAUAGUUUAUGCUAAAUUUAGAAUAUAUUCAUAUCUUGCUCAUUUUUACAACUAUAUUUUACCCUGUGAACAUACCAUUCGAAGACUGUGAUAUUUGUGUUGUUGCUUUGGAUGUACCUGGCUGCCAGCGAGUGACUGUGUGUGGGAGAGCAUUGCUCCUCCUGUUAGCAAUAAGCUGUAAUAUCACACAGAUGAAUUUAGACUGCCUCAUGAUACAGAUGCAAUAGCACAGGUGCUACAAUAUCCUCGCAUUUGACAGAGAGGGAAGGACUGCAUAUGCAUACGUUGCAUUCGUUGCACCUUUUCCCUAAGUCAACAUGCCACCCAGUAAAGAACAAUGUCUUUGGGGAACCUGUCUGUAAGUCGGAUGGUGAGAGCUGAUGCAAAUAGAUAGUUGUUGUCAUGUCAUCAGAAUCAGAGUGACGGGAUGACCUCAGACCCCAUUUUGUUUGCGGCGUGUAAUCACAGACCUGGGAAUGAGAAAUUGUUCUGUCACCUCCAUUAUCAUACGUGUGAACCGGAGGUAUAAGACUUGAUUGCUGUCACUGUCCAGAUGGUGUUUACAGAAGCUUUUGAUUUGUUAUUUGUUAGAUUGCGUAAUGUUAAUGCCUCCGUUAGCCGGCCCGCCUGCACUACGGGGUUCUGUGAUUACUGUAUCUAUUAAUGUAUUGAUGGCUGCCUUUAUUAUUAUUUGUAAACUGAAACCUCUUCCGAUUACUUAAAUUUUUACAUAUACACAUCUGAUAGAGCUUUGCUUUUACCUCUCAUUUGGGUCUUUGUUGUUUGUUGGGUGGCGUGCAGUCGGACAUUGUGCACUGACACUGCCUGACACUCUGAUGGUACACAGCAGUCGAAUAAUUGCCCUUUUUUUUCUUUUUCUGUGUGCUUUAAAUGGACCAUACCACCCUGAACAUGAUGAGGAAAAUCGAGAAAAAAAUGUAGACAUUCCCCAAUGUCCUCAUCACACAACUAUUCCAUUUCACACAAAUCGCCUUGUAAGCAUUUCUUAAGAUAUAUCUUAUUUGUGUGUGUGUGUGUGUGUGUGUGUGUGGAGGGGUGUGGCGUGGAUGAAUUACUGUUGUGUUCCCACUGAGGCUGGACCUCUUUUAUUUAUUUGAUCUUUUAAGAAUUAUUUUGAGUAAUUGUUGCUGAUUUUUUUUUUUUGGUUUAUUUUUUCAAAUUGUUUGCAGUUGAUGCGACAACAUAGAAGUUGACGGUAUGACGGGCUGUGUUAGAUGCACUGAAUCAUGUAGUCACAUGUAGUUAUGUAGGGGUUGUAUGGUUCAGAUCUAUGUUCAAACCUGGCAACUGUUUAAUUUCAUGCAGAUGGCAUGUCUGAUUAAAUAGACUGGGACCAGUUUAGGAUGGGUGUGCGUUAAUCUGCACAGCAGACGCAUCUGAGGACGCCAUUUUGUGUGACAACCGCAGAAUGAGCAAGAGAGCGUAAUAAAUGUUGUCUGUCCACGUGUUUCAUUGAGCUCCUCCUUACAAACAAAGUGAUAAUCAAUGGUACUGACCUUUAGAGAGAGAGAGAGAGUCUCCUGUGCGCUUGCUGGAAACAAUUUGAAGAACAUGUGACCACAGUCAUCCCUGUAACUUCAUUCCAACUGACAUGCAAAAACACAUUUUUGUUUUGGGCUUUAAAACCCAUCACAAUAUUUGGAGGUACAUGCUUGACUAUGAUGUAUUUGAUCUGUGCAAUUGGAGACACCUGCUAAACCAUCAGUAGACUUGGUUGUGGCGCAGUGUGGCAAAGCUGAAGCACGUUUUUACCUCUUAACCAAAUGCUAAGGAGGUGCCCAAUGAUGCUCCUAGACAUUCGCGACAUUUACACAAAGCAUCAAAAGUUUUUUCAUGCGUGUUUGAGUGAAAUGGCUAAAAACCUCCAGAGGUGCAACCGCACUCCAGAUAAAGAAAAGUUUUUGGAGAGUUUUCCUUUUCUGCACUGAUGAUUUAAUGGAGCCGAGUAGUGAGCAACUGAGCAGGUUCCUUUAUUGAUGUUUUUGUGAUACACUGUAUAUGUUUUACUUUAUCAUUGCUUUAAAUUAAAAGCUCAAUAGACAUAUAGAAACAGUGGUUAAGGUAACGAGCGCCACAUGAAGAUUUGACAUUGAAGUGAUAUGAUUGGUUGUAUUAAGUCACCAUUGAGCUUUAUCAAAGAAUAUUCAACAAAAUAUUUUGUUAUGCCAUGAAGACAAGAACUCUAAAUCAGUCGCAUUCUCAUGCUUUGAUCUAAAACAGGAAAUUGACUGU